UACUGCAAAUUAAUAUAAUUAUAUAUUAAAAAAACGUUAAUUGUAAUCGUGAGUACAGUUCUGUCAUUUUUGAAAAUAGGACUCCCGAUUCCACUAUUAACAGUGGUGCCAAGUCGCUCUGCAAGGCUACUGGCUAGUAUUACAAUCAGCUGUGGUUUUUGUUAAGAAUCUUGUGAGUCGUGAGUCGUAGAAAAUACAUCGGUAGUCAUUUGACAAUUUGGAUGAAGUACGUAUAGAAGUGAUGUUCUAACAAUAAUUAAAAUUAACGAUUUUCGUGGAGUGAACGUUGAAUUGUUCAAAUAAGUGUCCAAUAGGACGUGGCGCUAGCUAGCAUUGUCGGUUCUGAUUGGAUUGAAUGUAUACGUGUAUUAGUGUUCAAGAUUUCAGAUAUAUAUGCGUGCGGAAUGCGGAGGAAUGAGAGAAAUCCGAAUGGCGGCUCGAGGAGUCGGGGAGUUUAACGUUCGUAAGAGUUUUCAGGAAAGGCAAGCGACGGAUCCGGACGAAGAGAGGUGCGCUAGUGUUCCACUAAGCUACCCCCAGCCUUGCUACCCCCACCCUUCCGUUCGAGCUCCCCUAGCUAGUGCAAAUCUCGGCGGAUGAAUGUUUUCUUAAGGGAUUCUUCCCGAAAGCGACGCGAAAAUCUGAGAGGAGUCGUCUGAGCUGAGGAAUCUGAAAAUCGUUUGAAAGCUGUACGACAAUGGAGAGCGGAAGCAACCAGCAUUCCCCGGGUAAUUACCCGGGCGGCGAUCGCCAACAGUUUUGCGUUUCAUGGAACUCUCAUCAGUCGAACAUGCACAGUGCAUUUCCGAAACUGUUAAGCUCCGAGCAAUUCGUCGACGUCACCCUGGCCUGCGAUGGCGGUUCUAUAAAGUGUCACAAGGUGGUACUCUCCGCCUGCAGCGAUUACUUGGAGCGAUUGUUAUUGGACAUACCGUGUACCCAUCCUAUUAUAUUUUUACGGGACAUGAGAAUGUGGGAACUCCAAGCUUUGGUAGAGUUCAUGUACCGUGGCGAGGUUUAUGUGGAGCAACAACAACUGGCUAAAUUGAUGCAGGCUGCCGAGGUUUUACAGGUUCGUGGCUUGUCUACCCAAGGAAACGAAAACAAUUCGAGAGAAGCUAACUCACAAUCAUGCGAUUCAAAUGCUUCUGCUACUCCGUCGACAACCGCGCAGCAAGAUGGAUCCGACUUUAAGAUGGACGAUGCAACAUCCGAAGACGGUGCUUCGAAUUCAAACUUCUUGGAAUCCACACAGAUCGGUUCGUCCAACACUCAAGCGAGCGCCUCGUCGCAUACCAGUACACCGUCUCAGCGUGCCAGUAGCGAUAAUCAGAAUUACGUGAACAUGGAUCACGGCGAAGCAUUGCAGCAUUUGGAGAGAGCCCUCAGCUCUUGCGAGGCGACGUUAACAGAGGCACCUGGCAUGGUGAAAAUGGAGCCUGACGAGCAGUUUACUCAACAGCAAGAAAAACCGUACUCCAUUAGUAUGGUGCCGAGCAGCAACUGUAAUCCUAGUAGCCCGUUCCCUGCGAUCGAAGGUUAUCAGAGACGGCAGAGACGUUCGGAAGAAGAACUGAAACAAGCUUCGGACAUGGUAGCACGCGGUAUGACGUUUCAAGUUGCUUCGGAAAAGUACAAAAUUCCGAUAAGUACGAUCCGAUUCUAUAUGGUUAGAAAAGGUAUAUUGCAGAGGCGAAAGCGCGGCCGUGGUUCGAGCAACCUCGGCGUUAAUAGCCAACCGGGAAGUCCUGCCAGUCCGCCAUAUCAUAUGAUGAACUAUCGUUUGCCAGAGGGCCUAAACUCCAGCCUACCGUAGUGCUGUAAAAAAAGUAGCGGGUUUUUAGACUUCAGUUGAAUCGAACAAAUUUUUUAUUGCCACGUCGAAGCUGUUCCAGACUCUCUCAUUCUUCCCAUUUAUUAUUGACUCACACUGAGUUAUCUUACCGUUUCUCGUUUAAUCAUUCACCAACGACCAUUCAUACAAAUCACAUGCACAUGCAUACGUACACACACACACACACACACACGCGCGUACGUGUCGCGACUGCGUUUUCGCCCAACCGCCCAAUCGUUAUAUACUACACACCAUUUAUUGCAUUUACGAGGUAUAUAGUAAUUUAAUAGAAAAUAGUUGACAGCGUGUACGUAUCGUACACGAUAGGCACGAUUUUAGUCUCGAACAGCUCGGUUCCGUGUACAUAACUGGUACGUGCGAGCUUCCGAGCACCGCAUCCGAACUUCCGCUAUACGGAAACUUAGUACGAGAUCUGUAGUUAUGACACGGAAAUUGAAAUGUCUUGUUGGCAACCGAACGAUUACGGACUUUGUCAAUAGACUUCUUUAUUUGAAGUCCGCAUUCAGUUAUGCAGUUGCCAACCGAAUAAUUUCAAUAAUAUGUCAUUCAUUAUAUUCGUACGUUUGAGAUUACGUCGUUUUCGGAAGUUACUGUAGCAUCCUGCUUUUUUCUCCGUUUUUUAUCUUUUUUUUAUUUACGAGGAAUUAGGAUAGAGGAUGCGGCGCGCGGAGGUUGCCGCGCGGUCCGUUCAGUACGGUUCAAUUUUUGGGCCGUGUUACGUUCUUCUACUCAGUGACACAUACAAUUUGCGUACGUGGAUAGCGUAAGAGGUAUUUUUUUGAGUCCUAUACACAGAUUGAUACAGCAGAUUUACAAAAAAUCAUGGAAAACGCGAUUUAUUCGGGGAAGUUUGAACGUGUUACGCGGAAUCAUAUUUUUACGAUUGCUCGAGAAUCUUUUUGAUAAUACGUAUCCGUAGAGUGUAGGUUUUCUUUUUUUUUUAUUACGUCCCGCUUAUACAUGUAUACGUACAUAUGUGUACAUACGCACGAGGUACACGCGUGCAUGCGUACAUAGGUGUGCGCGAGCGCGUGUGGAUAUGUACAUAUAUAUAUAUAUAUA